GCAAACAAAUCCCAAAAUAAUUUCAUCUGUUCUUCAUGGGCCUUACUGGUCAUCAUCAACAAAUAAGGAGCCAAUCCAUCUCCUUUCAAAUCCUAUUAGAUGAUAAGACUGAAAGUUGCCGAAUGUUGUUUAAAUUUCUGGAACAGGGCUCUGAAGCGGUCAUUUUCUCAUGUUCAGAAGUUAGAAGUGUCCAUGGGAUUAGGAAUUCGUUGGCGAAGAAAGGAUUAGUAAAGGAGUUGUUGAAGAGGGAUGCUAGGGACCUAGGAAGCCAGCUGAUGGUGACAAUUGCUCUCGCAGUGAGGAGAUCCGUGGGGAUAAGGGUGUUUUCCAACGGUUCUAUCGGGGAAAUGGGCAAAACCCUGCUGCUGUGGUAG